UACCAUUUUAGGGGAGGAUGUAAGCCACUAUACUAGCCCAUCUAACGUUUUACAGUCGCACUUAAGUGUCUUUUUAUUGAAAUAAUAAAAUAAACAUGUCGCUAACGAAUUAUUAUUCCAUGAUGGGGCUCCAGACCGAGGAGCCCUAUGGUGCACAUUUCAUCCCGGGAGGCUUGCAGGGUUCGACGGCCGGCUGCACGAAGCCUGCCCGGGGAGCGGAGGAGGAGGAGGGGACCCCCGCCUCACACAUUCCGGAUUUUUCACAUUUUUCCAACAAACAAGCCAGCUUAAAUGGCUUUUCUCCCUGGACAAACACCUCUACAUCCUCUUCGUCCUCUUCUCCGCAGCUGCAGUCCAACCACGGCGUCUCCAUCCCCGGCCUCUUUCAUCCACAUCACCUCCUGAGCCACCACCACCACCCGUACUACGGCCCGCAGACGCAGACCCACGCCGAACAACUCGCAUCCUCGGCGGCAGCAGAGAGCAGAUUCGUCCGCUGCUGGGAGGGGGGAACUCCCUCCUCGGAGACCUCUCUGUCACAUGCUUCAGCAAGUUUUCCCGGGUGUCUCCCAGCUCAGGGUGACCUCUCCAAUCCAAGUCCGAGGUACGAGGCAGUAAAACCGGAGAGUUCACCGCCGCCUCAAGAGGACAGCCCUGAGGAUUCUAGCUUCGACAGCCCAGCUGAGGUGGUCCUCGAGCGGCUCGGGACCGUGGAGGAGCUCGGGAGGAAGCCCGAGCCCAACAAAGAGGUCGAGGAGAAGAAACCACAACCACUGCUUGACCCGGAAAAUCCAUCAGCCAGCUGGAUCCACGCCAAGUCAACCCGGAAGAAAAGGUGUCCAUACACCAAACACCAGACGCUGGAGCUGGAGAAAGAGUUUCUGUACAACAUGUACCUGACCAGGGACCGUCGCCUGGAGGUGGCAGGACUCUUAAAUCUGACAGAGAGGCAGGUCAAAAUCUGGUUCCAGAACAGAAGGAUGAAGAUGAAGAAGCUGAUGACCCGGGAUAGGAGGAGUUUGAAUGACUGAAUGAAUGAAUGAAGGACUUUAGAAAAGAGGAUGGGGGUGUGUUUUUUAAAGGACUUUCUGGCGAGGUUAUAGCUGGUAAAAGUGUCCCAAGAUGCUCCAAAUCUUCAACCAUAGCUGACUAAAUAAGCUGUAAAGCAACUGAUUGUGGAGCCAAAAUGGCCGCCUUGGAAAACUGCAAUGUUGAGACCCUGCAGGGGAGACCAGGAUGUGUUGUACCACUCUUUUUAAAGAAUAUAUCCCUAUCAGUGUCUUUUUGGCCUUUUCAUGUUUGAUCUUCUGAACUCUGCAAGAGAAUUCUUCCAUCUGCAUGUUACAAAAUAAAGACAGUCAACCUGUAACCUUGGGUAGUUGUAAAUAAAGCUCAGAAUUGCAGCAAGACCCAUAAAUUGAAUUUAAAAUAACACGCUAGUUGAUAUCAAAGACUUUGCUCUUUUUAAAAACACAUCUGUCUUUCAUUAAGUUAUACAUACUCGACACACACUUGACUUCACAUAAAUUGUCUCGUGCUUUCUGCCAAAAUACGAAUCUUGUUUUAUGAUUUAGUGCUAAAACUAUCGUCCUCAUAAAAAGUGCUUCUAGUGCACCAGAU